AUGGCAACAGACGCAGCGGUGGCUGGUGGAAUUAUGGAUAAAUCUUACACUGAGGCUAAAGAGAUAUUAGACCGCAUUGCUAUACCCAACAUGGAAUGGAUGGACGAUACGUAUGAUGGAAGAGACGACAGGAAGAAGAGAUCUCAGAAUGUUAAUUCUAUCGAUUUCAACACAAUAGCCACACUUUCUGCACAAGUGGCUACGAUGACCAGACUUUUGCAGAACAUAUCGCUAGGAAACGCAUCAAAUCAGCAGAAGGUGAAUCAAGUAGAAGCAUUCGGGCAGCCAUGGUUAGCUGUAUGGGCUGUGGAGAUCCUCAUUCUUAUGUUGAGUGCCCACAAAACCCACAGAGGAAAUCAUCAGGAGCACCACCCAAGGGCGAACCAACAAAAAAGGCAGGGACCGCUACCUGCAUUUCAACCAACGCAUCAGCCACAUCAACAGUCCUUUAAUAGAGAAGGACAGACAUCAAGCUCAGGAUCUCCACUUGAGAACCUAUUAAAAGAGUAUAUAGCCCAGAAUGAUGCGUUGCUGAAAAGCCAGGCGUCGUCUAUCAGAAACCUGGAAAUACAGGUAGCACAGAUAGCGAGCGAGUUGAAAAAUAGGCAGCCUGGAGUUCUACCUAGCAACACUGAAACUCCUGGAAACAACAAUGGAAAGGAGAAAUGUCACAUGGUGACUUUGCAAAAUGGAAAAGCUCUUGAAGAAAGAAGAAUGAAUCCAAGAAAUAGCAGUCCUUCAAAAGAACGCAACACACGUUCAAUAGCAGUAGAAGAUCAAGAAGAAAUAAUGCUUGAGACCACAAACCAUUCAAAACCUAGUACGUCUAAUGUGGAAAAACCUGUAGUGCCGCUGAACACACUAUUCCCUAGACGUCUGAUGAAGAAGAAUGAUAAACAACAAUUCAAGCGCUUUCUUGAGCUCCUAAGGCAAUUGCAUAUCAACAUUCCACUUAUAGAGGCCUUGGAGCAAAUGCCAAAAUAUGUAAAAAAAUUUAAGGAUAUUUUAACGAAGAAAAGAAGAGUCGGCGAGACGGAAGUAAUUGCACUAACACAGGAGUGUAACGCGUUAGUAAGCAACAGUCUACCCAAGAAACAGAAGGACCCUAGAAGCUUCACAGUUCCAUGCUCGAUAGGACGGUUGGAUGUGGGACAUGCGUUGUGCGAUUUGGGAACUAGCAUUAAUCUCAUGCCACUCUCAAUCUUUAAGAAAUUGGGAAUUCGCGAAGCACAACCCACUUCUAUUACUCUUCAACUUACUGACAGAACAAUCAAAUACCUUGAAGGAAAGAUUGAAGACAUUCUGGUAAAGGUUGACAACUUCAUAUUCCCAGCAGACUUUAUUAUCUUGGACUAUGAAGCAGACAAGGAUGUACCAAUUAUCCUUGGACGCCCCUUUCUAUCUACUGGGAAAGUUUUAAUUGACGUGCAUAAACAAGAAUUAACUAUGCGUGUAGAUAAUCAAGAGGUGAAGUUUAAUGUGUUAAACGCAUUAAAUUUCCCAAAUAGUGAAGAUUGUCAGCUGAACAGUAUAGAGUUACCUGAAGAAGAAGUGACCUAUGUAUGCGAGGUCCUCGCGUUGGAGGAGAACCUAAAAGAACCAGAGCCGCCAAGUCUGAGUGAGCGGCGGAUGAAACCAAUGCAUCCAUCACUAGAGGAACCACCAAAACUUGAGUUGAAGACAUUACCUAGUCACCUGAAAUAUGCCUUCCUUGGAACAAACAAAACUUUACCUGUGAUCAUUUCCGCGAAUCUUACUGAGCCUAACGAGCACUCUCUCUUGUAG